AUGAUCGGAAAGACUCGGAAAGAUAAAAAAGAGAAGGGCAAGGAGAAGGGAGGCAAGUCCUCCUCCAGAGAGCACAAGCCCGUCCCCUCGCCGCGAGAUGACGUGCUGGCGGCGGUGGCUGCGUUGCGGGCCAAGGUGGAGGAAGAGGGGCUCAAGGUGGACUACGAGAUACACGACGAGUGGCGCCUGGCGGGCUUUGUGAAGGGCGCCGGCCUCGACGUCGACAAGGCCUUCCUCAACUUCACCCACUCUCUCAAAAUGCGGGCGGAAUGUGGAGCCGACACGGUAUUGGAGACGGCGCCAAAGACCAACAAGAACUUCCCGCUGGUGCUCAAGUACUGGCCUGGCCACUACCACAAGCACGACAAGGACGGCUGCCCCGUCUACUACGAACGCCUCGGCGCCGUCGACGUGCGCGGGCUGUUGAACACGGUGCCCGGCGAGGAUCUCUUCAACGUGCACGUCUACCAGCAGGAGCAGUCGCGCGCCCUGAAGGCACAGCUGAGCAAGGAGCACAACCGGUCGAUGUACCUGUGCAUCUUCGUGCAGGACCUCUCCGGGCUCUCGAUGAACCACCUGUACACGCCGGCCUUCGACCUCUUCAAAAAAAUCCUGGGCUUCGACCAGAGCAACUACCCCGAUUCUCUUAAGUCGUAUUACGUGAUCAACUCGCCCGCGUGCCUCAAGAUGAUGUACUCGCUGAUCAAGCCCCUUCUGGACCCCAACACCCGCAAGAAGGUGCACAUCCUUGGCAGCAACUACCGGGACACCCUCCUCGAGGUGAUCGACGAGGAGCACCUGCCGGCUGAGUACGGCGGGGAGUGUGCGUGCGAGGGCGGCUGCAUCCCGGGCGGCGGCAAGUUCGUGGACCUCAAGGACGACGGCACCACCUACAACCCCGCCGAGGUGUCCAUUGGCCGGAAAGACAAGCACGAGGUCAAGCUGACGGUGGCCCAGGGAGCGACGCUCUCAUGGGAGUUCACUGUAAAGAGCCACGACGUGGGCUUCGGGGUCUUCUUCGGGGAGGGCAAAGAGCGGGAGGCAUUGGUGGCGAUAGAGAAGCACCACGGCACGCGCAAGGGCAAGCUCACGGCGGAGAAGGCCGGCACGUACUGGCUUGUGUGGGACAACACCUACUCCAUCCUCAAGGGCAAGAGCGUGGAAUACCAGGCCUUCAUCAACGCCGACACCGACGACGACGACGACGACGACGACGCUGUGGAGUGA